AUGACAUCUGUUAGAAAGAGAAAGAUGGCUCGUUCAUCGGUGAAGAAAAACACCAGAAGAACCAAAGAUAAACAACGUAAUAUCAACAUACAUUCCAACCCCAUAAUCGAAGCAAAUUGGGAUAAAUCAUUAACUUUGAAACAAAAUUAUAAGAGAUUAGGUCUUAGAGCCAAAUUAGGAAGAUCUGCUGGUGGUGAUGAACGAAAAGUUGAAAGUUUAUCUGAAUUACAAGCCAAACGAGAGAAGAACCAGAAGAAUCAACUGAAACAUGUGCCUACUGUAUCAGAAAUUGAGAAUUUGGACGAUCCUUCACGUAUUCCAGAAGGUGAAGCAAGAUUAAUAAGAGACCCUGAAACAAAUGAAGUGAUAAAGGUUAUUUAUGGGACUAUGAAAGUCGAUGACAAAGAUGAAUCGGAAGAAGAAAUUGAAAACCCAUCAGUCAUCAAACAAUUAGAAGAAUAUGCUGAAAAAAAUAGUAAAAUCAAAAAGGAAAGACAUCAAUCAGAAAGAGAAAAUGAUUGGAUCAAAAGCUUGUAUGAAAAAUAUGGCGAUGAUUACGAUAAAAUGAAAUGGGAUAAAAAAUUAAACAUCUAUCAACAAUCCGCUGGUGAUUUAAAAAGAAGAAUAAUUAAAUGGAAAAAGGCAAAUGGUAUAUAG